GCUUUCAGUAAAACGCAAACAUGCGGCAUGUGUGGUGUAUCACCUGGUUUUUUUUAAUUUGUUGGUUAACAAAGACAUCGAAAGCAAACUAUACCCUUUGUAUAACAACUCAGGUUGAUAAUGAGACAAAAAGUGCUUGUGAUAGUGUUGGAAAAGAGCUAUGUAUUGUUGAAAAUAAUGGAAUAGAUUGUAUUAGAAAAAUUGAAAAGGGGGAAGUUAUAACUGUUGCACAUCCUGAUGAAGCCAUUUUAGUGAGUUCAUUUACAAACAAAACCUUUGUUGCGGGAUAUCUAAAAGAUUUAAACAGUGAAGAUGAUGUUGAUUUUACCAUGGUUGUAUUAAGUAACAAAAAGCUUAAUGGAUUUAAUGGAUUAAAAUAUUGUCAUCUAGGAAAUGAAGCUAAAUUGCCAACAUAUAUAACCACAAAAUUUGAAAAUUUUGUUUGGUCCAAGAACCCCAAGAAUUUGUGCCACAAUUCCGAUAAUUUUCUAGAAAAUUAUUUUUAUAACAUGAACGAAACGUUCGAAUCUUCUUGUAUUCCCGGAAGAUGGAGUAUUGAUGAUCAGUUAGACGCUGAUUUAAAAAUACGUUAUCCAAAACUACUUGAGUUGUGUCAUUUCUAUAAAAAUAAUACCAACGUAUUUGAACAAUCUUUAAAUUGCUUAAUGAAUGGAAAAGGAAAUGUUGCCCUUAGUACUUUGAAAGAGGUAAAAAUAUACGAAGAAAAAGGAUUACUUUCAAACAUGGAUUAUUAUUAUAUUUGCGAAAAUGGUAAUCAACAACCAUUAAACAUAUCGUGUAGCUGGUCUAAGUAUCCUUUUCGUCUUGUAUUAGCAAAUACAGAAAUUAUUGAUGAAUUAACAUUAGAUUUAAGAGAAUUUUUCCCUAAGGAAGUUUUUGGAAGAGCUUCUUUUAAUAUUGAGGAACAAUAUAAUAAAAAAGAAUUAUUAUCAAAGGCUUUAUUUAGCGAUUCUUUAAAUUUACAUUUAAUAGAUCAUAGCAUGAGUUUAAAAGAGUACAUAACAGAUCUGAUAUUAAAAAGAGAAAGUACUGAUUCUCUGUGUUAUAAAGGUGUGACGUGGUGUGUAUCAACUGAAGAUGAAAAAAAUGAAUGUAUUUUUAUACAAAAUUUGAUAAACACUUAUGGAAUGGAAUCGAGAAUUAAAGAUUGCCAACAAUUACGAAGUACUGAAGAAUGUAUCGAAAGUGUAAUGAAAAAUAACUCGGAUAUAACUUAUAUUAGUAGUGAUCAAUUGUAUAAUACCCGAAAAUAUACAAACAAAGUAAAAUUGGAUCCUAUUCUUUAUUCAAUAGACGAUCAUAACGAUUUAAUCCGAACAGUUUUAAUUGUAAACGAAAUGUUUAUUAAAGCUAAAAGUGAUCUUGAAAAUAAAACAGCUUGUUUUACAGGAAUUGGUUCUAUUGAUUGGUUAUCAUUUUCUUAUUUUAUAAAAGACGAAGUUAAAACCGAAUCAUGUAGCGCUUAUGAAAAUUUAAGAAGUUUUGUAUCGGAAUCUUGCAUGCCAGGUGUUAACUUGACUCAAGACGCAAUGAAUAAUAAGUUAUGUUCUUUGUGUCCAUCUAAUAAAAGUACUACAGCAACAUGUAAUUAUGAUUUUAUGGAGAAUGCGCAAACAGGAAAUAACGGCGCUUUAGAUUGUUUAAGAUACAAAAAUGCUGAGUACGCUGUUAUUAAAAUGCACGAUGACUUUCAACUACCUGAUGGCGCUAUGAUCAUGUGUAAAAAUGGAACUUUAUCCAAUUCAUCUGAAAUCGACGAUGAAUGUUUUUUAAGUAUUAGUCCAAGAGGAGCUUUUGUUGUAGCUGAAACUAAUAUUUUAAAAAAUGCUAUACAAAUGGCAUUCAUUGAAAUGAAAGCAUUUCACAGAAGUAAUUAUAAUCUAAUAGGAAACUCAAAAGGAUUUUAUCCUCAUAAUCCAAAUUUGGAUGCAGUGAAUGUUCCCACAUACAUUCAAACUCAUUCAGGAUUAAUUGAAAAUAUCGACUCUUGUAUAGGACGUGGCCGAUAUGAUUUAAACAAUAUACCUAAGGAUGUACAACCUGCAAACAGUAACAAAUUUUUAACAACGAUAUUUGUUAUGGCUGGAUUAGGAGCGAUAUGUGGAGCUGCUGUUUUUGGAUGGUUUAAAGUUAAAGAAGGAACUUUAGUCCCGAGUAACCCCGAAAAUAUCCCAGGAGAAAAUGCAGAAACAAAUAGGCAUUCACAUUCAGAUGAUGAAAUUGAAAUGGUCCCACUGAAAAUAGAAUGCGAAGAAGACGAAGAUAAGAAACCUACAAAUGCGAAAACGCCUUAAAUUAUUUUUUUUAAUAAAUUAAUAUUUAUUUUAGUUUUAAUGAUUUAAAUUAGUAUAAAUUCUAAAAUAAUUUAAGAAUCAGAACUGCAUACUUCAUCAUCAAAUCAUUGCAGAACUCUUAGAACCUCACCCGGAGCAUGCAAAACAAUAACCUUUAUUACAACCUCUCGUCCGUUUAAGGUUUACGUACGACCCCAGACUACUUCAACUCGUAAAUGUAAAUAAGAAGCAAAUGUGGGCGUGCUGGGAACAAGUCUUAUUAACCGUUUUCUCUUUGCUUGUUCGGUUCUUACGCGAGACGAUUACAAAUAGCGUUUAAGACGUUGAAGCAAGUGCAGCAACCAUUUUAUUUUUUAACCGGUUUUAAUUACGACAAAUUUAAAGCGAUCGGAUCCGUAAAUACCACCUUAAUGUGUUAUUUUUAUAAUAUACGAGUGUGUAAUAAAUUUAAU